ACGCGGUGUCCUUGCAGCAGAAAAAAAAAAGGAUCACCAGGAGUGGGGGUGACAUUAAGAAGUAUGUGUAAUUAAUGGAUGCAAGGCUAAUGAGAAAUAGUAGCGUGUGUCUCUUUAGCAAAGCACUGCGGGUGUUGUGAUGUUUGACCGAUAUGGUUGGAGGUUUUGGCAGCCAAACCGGAGUCCCCCCGGCAGGCUCGGGGAGAAGGAAGGUGGUUCCCUGUAGACCCUCAGUUAUUGGUCGCUGAUACGAUUUUGCAGCAGUGGCUCAGAACAUAGCAAACUUCAGUAACCAUCAUGCAUGUGUCUAACUACCUGAAGAUUUGUGUCAUUUGAAAAGACUUAAGGAGGGAAAAAAAGACUCAGAGGAAUACAAGAACUUGGUCAGCAGACAGAAACGACAAUAACCCUGUGCUUAGGUAUGGCCAGCACCCAGACCAGUUUGAAAACCCCUUUCAAAGACUUGACCUCAUUCAAGGGAAACAUGAAGCGGCUGUACAGAGAGCGACUGGAAGAUGCACCCAUCAAGAAACGAGUGAUCGCGGAGAUCAACCUAAAGCGUCGCAGCUUGGAUUCCCUCCCCAAAACUCCCAAGGUAAAGAGGGAGCAGCCUGAGGAUCUCCGCCACGAAUCUGACAUGGAUGUGGAGGGCCGGGCUGAACUGCACGUGAUGGGCUCUGCUAAAGCCCUGGACUUGAGCCCUGGACUCAAACACACACUGGCCCAAUUCACCCUCAGCAGCCAGAGCUCCCUCGGGGGCCCGGCUGCCUUCUCAGCCCGCACAGGCCACGAGCAUUCCCCUGCCGGCAUGCCCCCCCUGCCCUCCCCUCCUGUUUUGGGAGGGGGCCCUCUGCUGGUUCCCUGUGACAGCUCCACUGAACUCACCCACUCUCUGCUGGAAGGGGAGUCCAUCUCCUGCUUUGUUGUUGGGGGUGAGAAGCGGCUCUGCCUGCCCCAGGUGCUCAACUCUGUGCUCCGUGACUUUUCGCUGCAGCAGAUCAACACUGUGUGCGACGAGCUCUACGUCUACUGCUCACGUUGUGAUGCUGAGCAGCUGCACAUCCUCAAGGUGCUGGGCAUUCUGCCGUUCAACGCACCUUCCUGUGGCCUCAUUACACUGACGGAUGCACAACGGCUGUGCAAUGCUCUGCUGCGUCCUGGGGCAGCCUUGCCAGCCGACCCCAGUGGUAAGCUGUCGGCCCAGGGCCUGCUGAAGGAGAGCGAAGCCACCUUCCAGGUGGAGCACCAGUGUCUGGGGAAGUGCCAUGGUCUCUUUGUGCCCCAGUUCUACACCCAGCCUGAGGCGCCAUGCAUCCAGUGUGUUGAGUGCCAGUUGCUCUUUUCACCACAGAAGUUUGUCAUGCAUUCACACAAGUCACCUGAUAAGAGGACCUGCCACUGGGGCUUUGACUCAGCCAAGUGGCCCUGCUACCUGCAGCUUGCCAGGAAGUACCAGGGGACCCCUGAGGAGCCCAAGCUCAAGCAGCUGCUGGACGAGGUCAAAGAGAAGUUCCACUACCAACUCAAGAGGUCGCUAGACAAAAAGGCAGUGGAAGAGGAGGAGAGCCAGGUGAGGAAAUCCUCGGCAGAUCUCUGCUCCACUAGCGACAAGUUGGCUGAUGCCGACCCUGCGAGAAAGGGGAAAACAUCUACACCUACUCUGGUGUUUAACCGUCUUUUCUCAGACAUAAAGGAGGAGCCAGGACACCCCACCCUGGUCCAUCCCAGUUACUACCUGUACACAUAUGAUAAGAUGGUGGCUCCCAAUGUGUCACUGCGGAGGGAGGCGGAGAUGAGCCCUGAGAUGCUCGGAGCGCUUCUCAAACACCACUACAGUCGCAGAGUGCUGGGCCACGACGAGCCACCACUGGAUCUUCACGCGUCGCCUCCUGUCGCUGCUGGCGCCGCCGAGGAGGCCAAAUCCCAACGUGCCGCUGCUGUCUCGGCCACCGAACGGGAAUGCCAAACCCAGGCAGUUUCCAUGGAGACAAGCAGUCCGGGCUCCAAGAAAGCAACCCACAUCCCCACCCACACCCCUCCUCCUCCUCCCGCGUCGUUGUUGUCAUCGGUAACAGAGGUAGCAGCUAAGGACAUGAGCUCUGCCACGUGCAGCGCCGCAGUGGUGGUGGGGGGGCUGGAGGACGACAAGGACAGGAUUGUUGUGGAGAUCAUGCAGAUGUACAGCAGGCAGCAGGAGAAGCUCAACUCCACCCUGCACAAGCAGCUGCAGCUGGAAAUGGAGCUGGAGGCAUUGCGCGGGGGUGAAGCGGCAAGACUACGGGAGCUGAGCGCCGAACAGCGGGAGCUGCGCUGCGAGCUGGAGGCGGUGCACAGUGAGCAGGCACGGCAGCUCAGCCAGGCCCGCCAGGAGCAGCUGGAGCUGGAGACCCGUCUGGAGCAGCUCCGACAGCAGGCCUGCGCCUGCGAGCCAGGGGCACAGCGCCAGCAAGAGGCCCACUACACUGCACAGUUGUCAGAGCUGCGUCAGAGGCUGGAGCGGGCGGAGGCAGACCGGCAGGAGCUGCAGGAGGAGCUGUGCAGAGAGCGGGAGGCGCGAGAGAAGCUGGAGCGCACCAUCGCCCAGCUCAAACAGCAGAUGGCCCAGUCUGGCACGAUGGGAGGCAGCCCCUCUCCUCCUCCCACUCCCUUCCCCAACGCCCACUCCCCACCCUGCUCUUCCUCCAUCUCAGAGGCCCCAGCGGCUGGCCAAAAGUAACUGCCACCCCUCCAGGCGCCUCCCCCUCCCUCCCUCAUUCCUCUCCCCAUUACCCGCCAACUCUGCAGACACAAAUAAAUCAGCCUGAAGCAGAAAGGAGCUCCACAUCUCCUCAGGCUGUUUUUAAGUUGCGCAUCUCACCCUCCUCCCCUUUUAUUUCAGUGUAGGACUGACGUUUUGUUUUUGUAAUUUAACAUCUCUUAAAAAGUUUUAUGGUUUAUACUUUUUUUUCUUUUUUGCUUCCCUCUACUCUUUAAACAGUAUUUAAAAAAUUUUUGGGCAUGUAUGUUUGAUUUAAUUUAUAGUUUUUACUGAACAAACAGCUGCUUCAUAGACAGGAGAUUGGUUAGGUAGAAACCAACUUAGCCCAUCACUAUUUUUCUCCCUUGGCAUUUCCCACCUUCCUCUCCCGUCUCUCUCUGGUUCUGAAGCUAAUGGCUUGGAGAUUGCGGACUUCAGACUCUUGUCUCAGCUCCACACAGACGUCACUUCAUGCUACUACUUGGCACAGCAGCCGGUGCUCCUGGACACACAAUGCUGCCGGGUUGCAAGCCUCCUCUGUCUUUCUGUACGUAAUGCCCAAACGCUCGAGUACCAGCGACUGCAGGAAACUGCAUUUACAUUUCAAUACAGUUUCUUUGCUUCUCAUAAAACACAGAAACAAAAGUACAACAUGUCAAAAUGUCGAGUCUGUAUGGAGGAGAAAGACCUUUACUGUAUAAAAGAUACAUUUUGCAGAUGUCGCAAAACCUCAUGAAAAUAUGCCAAUAGUGACACUGAACUUGAAGUGAGUGUUUUGAGUGUGACCCCUACAAGGUAGCUAGCUAGGAUGUUGCCUGGCCUGGACCACAGCUGCUCCGAACACAGACUGGUUUCCUCUUCGCUCUGCUGGGCACCACCUGGACUCUCCUGUUGUAGACCAAACAGCGUGUUGGUUGAUCCACCAGCUGCCCAGUGUCUCCUCUAACCCGACCGAGACCUCACACCUUCCAUCGCUGUACGCUAGCACCAUUGCCCUCUGCUAGGAAACUCUUAACACUGUGGUUUUCACUCGCUUUGGGCAAGACAGGAAACACUGUGCUCCUUUCAGGCUUGAAGAAGCUCACGAGCAGUGUUAUGCACUUAUUACGCUCUCCUCCCCCAGAGUCCCCUGGGAAAGGAAUGUGUCUGGACACGGGGGCCGGUUGAGCUGGUGUAGCUUUUCUGAGAAAUAAGAAAGACAGGGUCUCACAUGUGCAGUAGCUGCACUCUGUUGCCAUAAUACAUACGACAUCCUAACAUGCCUGCACACACUCGAGUGUGUCAGUGUGGUGCAGGCAUUCAGGCAGAACAAUGGCCCCAGCGUUCCCAGCAGAUGAUCAAAGCUGCAGGCUGUCCCUGUUUUUCUGGGCUUUUUUUUUGUAUCAUUUGACUUCAUUGUUAGCAGACGGUUUUAUCCCCACCAUGUUUGUCAGAGCGUCAUCGAAGAAUGUGGGUCGCAGGUGAAAGCAGUUAGUCCAGGGUGGUUUGCUUCCCGUUAUUCUGCCUGGCUGAACAAACAGCACCGGGCAGGCAGGGAGAGGAAGAGAGGGGAGGAUUGAGGGGGGAGGGCUCAGAGGGCUGGUGCACUCUCCCCCGCGGCAGGCUGGGUGGCCCAGACGCCGGGGGUACCAAGGGAGCCCUUUUUUGUUUUGUGCCGUCAGAAUGGGGGCAGCUGUUGUUGUCUGGGGCCCUCUGCCCACCCUCGGGUGAGACUGUACGGUGUUCCUCAGCUCUCAACAACCUCCCUCCCUCCUCCUCUCCCACAGUCACUCACUUCCACUUGCCCGUCCAUCCAUCUCCAUCUCCCGAUCAGCUGCGGGUGUGCAGCGUUUUGUAGAUGCCCAGGAGAGCGAGCAGACGUCCAGCCGCAGGAAGACAGAACUUUUAUUGUGUCAGUUGCCAGGCAAAAGCGCUUUUUAUUGCCACUAAGAAGAUCCCUGUAAGCGAGUGUGCGUGUGUAAAUAAUUGUGUAAGGGGAUCGGCCUCGGCUAAACUCUUUUUUUUUUUUUUUUUUUUAAAUGCAUCUGCUAUAAAUGCAAAUUGAUAGACAUUCCACUGUGCUCCAUCCUGUUCAAUGCAGAUUUUCUUACACAGCUUCCCUUUACAGUAACAGACCUGAAGACCGGACAGAGUACAGUUAUGGUUUGUUGAUAGUCAUAAAUGCAGGUGCAGGUGCAAGCCAGUAAAAUCAAACCCAUGCCGCAAAUGUACACUCUACUGUUGUUCCAUUUAAACCUUUAUUGAAAUUAUGAAAGAAAAUAUUUAACGUAUUAACUAAAGAUUUAUAUUCACUUUGUAAAUACAGUAGUCAUUAAUAUAUUAACUGUUCUUAUAUAAAUAAUCUUUAAAAGGUUAUAUAAUUUGGACCAGAACUAAGGCUUCAGUUGGCCUAAAUGUUUUUGCUUUCUUUUAUAAAAAAAAAUUAUCUUUGCAGAUAUCAGAACUUGGUGUUUGUUGAGUGGAUGUGGGGGAGUGAAACGCAUGGUUUACUGAGACAUGAUGCAGGACAGCGGCAAAAUAGGAAAAUAAUACUUUGUUACACACUUCCCCCCUUUUUCUGAACUGAUGCAAUUGUUUUUGUGGAUUUCAUCUUGGCAGACUGUUUAACGUGUAAUGUAAGCUUUUUCCCUCUUUGUUAAACCCCCUCCCCCUCCCAAGCUAAAUUGAGAAUUUGUUUAAGAAAAUGCAUUUUGGGAAAAAAGAGAAAACAAACAAAAAA